AUGAGCAACCUCCAAGGUAACAAGCGAGCUACGCAGAAUACGCUGAUCCAGCCGUGGCAGAAGCAAGAGCGUGCAAAUUACCGAUCUUUGGAUGCGAAAAGAGUCUUCCUUUCAGCUUUUGUUCUGGUCCUGGUGUCCGUCUCCUGGGUGUUCUACUACAUCUACCGCUUCCAGGCCAUCCUGCCAGACUACAAGUGGGAUGUCCAUGAGGUCUGCAAGAGCUACAUCCAGUCAAUUACAUCUGGCAAGUCCAGAUAG